AUGACGUCCGCGCGGCCGCUGGCGUCGUGCCUGCGCGGCCUGUACGGCUGCCGGUGGAGCCGCGACGAGAGGAGCCGCGGCCGGCCGGGAGACUGCUGCUGCAGCAAGCUGGAAGGCGUCAGCUUCGCUCUGCUGGCGGCGACUUUCUGCUCCACGCUGGUGUUUCUAUACUUCUGGGGACAAGCGAGGAACGACUACAACGACUUUGACUGGUUUAACUUUGGGAACCUGGGCUUCUGGUUUCCUUGGUCUGUGGUGCUGCUGGUCGUCGCCGCCGGCUUCUUCACCUACGUCACUGUGCUCAUGCUGCUGGCUGUUUGUUUGCUGUCAGACGGCCAGAAGCUUCAUUUACACUGGAGUCACAAGUUCGGGGUUCUGCUGACGUUGACGUUCUCCGUCGUCUCCUUGGCCGUCUUAUCCGACCUGUGGAGGAAAGAGUGGACGACUCUACUGCUCUCCUUCCAGGUAACUGCUCCGUAUCUUCAUGUGGGCGGAGUCUUACUGAUGACGGCGCUGUCUUGGCCAAUAGCGUUGCAUUUCUUCCGCAUGAGCAGCAGAGGGAGGCGGGGCCUAAUCCUGGGGCUGUACCUGUCCACCCUGUCGGCCCUCUACCUGGUGCCCCUCGGGUUGUACUCUCCUUGUAUCAAAGAGGACGGGACCCUCGGCCCGGCACCGGCCCUCAUCGGCCACAGGGGGGCGCCGAUGCUGGCUCCAGAGAACACCCUGAUGGCCUUCGAGAAGGCCGUGGAGGCAGGAAGUGGCGGUCUGGAGACGGACGUCACCAUCAGCCUUGAUGGCGUCCCGUUCCUGAUGCACGACCAGACUCUGCGACGGACCACCAACGUGCAGCAGGUGUUCCCCAACCGGACCGACAGCCCGGCGGCCAUGUUCACCUGGACGGAGCUGGAGGAGCUGAACGCCGGGGCCUGGUUCCUCUCCAACAACCCGUUCGGUACAGCCGGCUCUCUGGCAGCAGACGACCGGCUGCAGGCGGAGAAGCAGACCGUCUGCAGCCUGCAGGCCUUCCUCCAUCUGGCAGCUCGGAGGGACAAACAGGUGAUCUUUGACCUCUACCGUCCGCCCAGAGGUCACCCGUACAGGGACACCUGGAUCCAACGCACGUUGGAGGUCAUCCAGAACGAGUCCUCCAUCCACUCCUCCCAGGUGUUGUGGCUGCCCUCAGAACUGCGCGCUCUGGUCCAGGACUUGGAUCCCGAGCUCCAGCAGGUAUCGGGCAGCCGGCUCCCCCUGGAGGAGCUCCAGAGCCAGCGCAUCGUCACCCUGAACCUGCACUACAGCUCCAUGUCCACCGAGCUCACCAGCGCGUACGCCGCGGUGAACAUCAGCACCAACCUGUACGUGGUCAGCCAGCCGUGGCUCUUCUCUCUGGCCUGGUGCUGCGGCGUCCAGUCGGUCACCAGCAACGCCCCCCAGCUGCUGAGCGGCAUGAGCUCGCCCCUGUUCCUCAUGAGUCCAGACCAGUUCAACGUGAUGUGGGUUCUCACCGACCUGGUGUCCCUGGUGCUCCUCUUCAUCAUCUUCAUCUUUCACUGGUGGCGAAAGAGAACGUCUUUCUGCUCGAGCAGCAAACUCCGGCUGGACGACGAGUUCACAACAGAGCUCCGCCCCCCCGUCAGCUGUUCUGGGUUCCCCUGCUCCGGGGUUCCCUCUCUCAGCCGGUUCUCCGUUCCCGUCCGAUCUUCUCAUUGA